AUGUCCUUUAAAUCCAAGCACCACAUAGAAGUGAGCUCUGUCGCACUGGUGGAUUUGAAAGCCGAAAUUUCGCGAAGACAGAUUGAAGUCAAACAGAAUGCUCAAAAGCUCCCUGAAGGUUGUAGCGUGCUCAAAACCAGUUCAAUCGGUACUUCUGCGGGGAAGCAAACAAUAUGGCGAAAACGGAAGGAAGCCCCAAGUCUAGUUAACACUGGUGCUUCAACUGUAUCGUCUGACAAUCCGGAAGACACAGCGGAGUUGGAGCGCAGUAGGCGGGCUCUAGAAGCAAAAGCUAAGUUGUAUGAAGCUCUUAAACAGGCAGCUCGUUCCGGAACAAUGAGCUAUUCGAAAAAACGACUCAGCUCUGAAGAUGAAGAUUUGCUAGUUGACUUCGAGCAGAAGGUGAUUGAGGAAUCUCGAAUUUGUCGAUCUCCGUCUCCUGCCCGUUCCGUAGGUAGCAACAGCUCGGAAGAACCAGACGAAUGUGACACUGCAUAUCGAGCCACGAAUAGCGAUGAAGAAUGGGUUGAAUACACGGAUGAUCGAGGGAUAAAGCGGAUGUGUAUGCGAAAAGACCAGGAACCGCCGUUGCGUCCAGAUGGACCGCUGACCUAUGCGCAUUUGCGUGAGGGGGAGAUUCGUGAGCAUGGUGUUGGGUUCUAUGCCUUCUCGAAGGAUGCUGAGCAACGGGAAGCGGAAAUAGCACGUCUACGUGAGCUCCAUCGGGCGACAGAGGAGGGACGUGCACGCGCUGAGGCUAUUCGAGCUAAAAGAGAUGCCCGAAUGGGUCAAAGGCUAGCACGUUUAAGAGCACGGAAGGGUUUGCCGGAUGUUGCGACUGCUGCCGCUCAGUGUCUUGCCGAAGUUAGCGCUCCACCUACACCGUUACCUUUAAGUUCGGAUGCUCAGUCUGAUAUACGCCUUAGCAGUGAAGAUCUUGACGUUGCAUCCAUGCUUCGACGACUGCGUGAUGAAGCGGAGCGUCGUGCUUCCCUUAAUAAUCCUGUUGUCCCCGAGCCAGUUCAAGACACUCCGGCAAACAAAGAACAUCCGACAAACUUGGCCGACAUUGUGGCUGCAAGAAGCAGUCACGUGGCUGGAUCACGGGAAUGGGAUCGUGGGAAGUCCAUGAUUUCAGCACAACGAUAUAUCCAAGAAGAACGUGUAAAACGACUUCCAGAAUUCGCCCCACCGUCUUUCUAUUAA